AUGCGAAUCGCCUUGAGGCAAAGCGCGUACAGCAAAACCGAAUUCUAUCAGUUGAUGCAGGGGCGCCCCCGGCCGCACUGUCACCAAUUGCGACUGCUCCUGUUCACGCUGCUUGCCAUCGUCAUUAUUGCGCCUGGCAGCGGCGUCUCCAGCAGCACCCCCGAUGAUGAUGGGACGAAGAAGUUGCUGCUUCUCGGCGACGCGGAGCUGCGCCAGGGACGCAGCCACUACCAGGAGGCGCUAGCAAAGUACACAGAGGCACUCGCGCAUAACCCUAAUAGCAUUCGUGGGCUCUACAGCCGCGCCGAACUCUUGUCCAUGAUGCGCCAGAGGGAGGCGUGCAUGCAGGACUUGGACCGGCUGCUCCAGCUGGACGGCAAACACCACCGCGGGUUGGCGCUGCGUUCCUCGCUCCAUGCGCAGGGAGGACACCUGCAGGAGUCAAUUCGUGACGUGGAGAGCCUUAUUUCUGUGUAUAAAACAAUGAAGAAGUCAUCCAAGGUAGCGGAGUAUGAGGGGAAACUGCAAAAGCUGCGUGACUAUGCAUCCACGUGGUUGCCGCUACGGAAAAAGCUUGACGCGGCGAGGCAUUCGUCCGGUACCGUGACGCACAGCGAAUACGAGACGUGUGUGGUGGUGCUACACGACAUGAUACGCGAGUUUGCCAAGGAUAACGUGGAGCUGCGGCUGCAGCGUGCAGAGUGUGCCUUGGCGUGUGGUGACAACCUGGCAGCCUCCGAGGAGCUCAAAUAUGUUGUGCAAAAGGAGCCGCAGAACUUGGGGGCGGUGGCGCUCGGUGCCCGCGCGUUCCGUGCGUUGGGUGCGCUCGAUCAGGCACGUGCCGAACUGCGGCGCUGCCUCUCGCUUGACCCCGAGUACGCGGCGUGUGCUCACCUGCACAAGUUGGUGCGGGAACAAAUACGCGUGACAAGUGGUGUCACCAAAGCGCUAGAGGCGAAGGAGUUCCAAAAUGCACUGAAGCAGAUUGAUGCAGCGGAGAAGUUGGAGGAGGACCCCCCGUAUAAGGACCAGCUGCUGCGCUGGCGAUGUGAUGCGGCGGUGGGCUUGCGCGACACCGAGACAGGCCUCAGAGUGUGCGACACGGUGAUGCAGCGCCUCGGUGAAGAAAACCCCGCCGCAUUUGACGUGCACCUGCAGAAGGUGGAGCUCUAUUUGAUGGAGGAUGACCUGAACAGGGCGGAGGAGCAGCUGCGGCACGCACAACGGCUGCAGCCGAAUCACGCACAUGUGCGCGAGUAUAUGCAAAAGAUAGAAAACCUCAAGCGCGCUGGUGCACGGAAGGACUACUACAAGAUUCUAGGCGUGAAGAAGACGGCAAGUGCAACGGAGAUUCGUCGAGCAUACCGCCAUCUCGCCAAGACAUUGCACCCUGACAAGCUCCGCUCCCAGAAGUUAUCGCAGAAGGAGCGGCAGAAGGCCGAUGAACGGUUUCGCGACAUCAAUGAGGCGAAGGAGAUCCUGCUGGACGAUGAGAAGCGCGGCCGUUAUGACAGUGGCGAGGACCCAACGAAGCCGGCUGGGCAACAGGGUGGCGGGCACCCUUUUUACGGCCACCCGUUCACAUUCCACGGUGAUCCCUUCGGCCAGGGCAACCCAUUCGGCCAGGGCGGCGGACAUCAGCAGUUCUUCUUCCGCUUUGGCUGA